UCUUCGCCAUCUUCCCUGUUUCUCGGGCGCCGCAGCCAUGAAGGUCGAACUGUGCAGUUUCAGCGGAUACAAAAUAUACCCCGGACACGGGAGACGCUAUGCCAGGACCGACGGGAAGGUUUUCCAGUUUCUUAAUGCAAAAUGCGAAUCUGCAUUCCUUUCCAAGAGGAAUCCUCGGCAGAUAAACUGGACUGUCCUCUACAGAAGAAAGCACAAAAAGGGGCAAUCGGAAGAAAUUCAAAAGAAAAGAACCCGCCGUGCAGUCAAAUUCCAGAGGGCCAUCACUGGUGCAUCUCUUGCUGAUAUAAUGGCCAAGAGAAACCAGAAGCCUGAAGUUAGAAAGGCUCAACGAGAACAGGCCAUAAGGGCUGCCAAGGAAGCAAAAAAGGCUAAGCAAGCAUCUAAAAAGACAGCAAUGGCUGCUGCUAAGGCUCCCACAAAGGCAGCACCUAAACAAAAGAUUGUGAAGCCUGUGAAAGUUUCUGCUCCCCGAGUUGGUGGAAAGCGCUAAGUUGGCAGGCUUUAAAAUAAAGACUCAACUGCAAUUCUAG